GAAUGAUGACAGGAGAUGAUCAGAUCGUGCCCAACUAGAAAGGUGGCCCACGGUGAUUGGGCUCUGUUUCCCCUGAGCCCUACUGCGGUUCGUUGGAUGCAGCCAGUCUCUCCACUGGCAUGCCCGACAUCCAGUGGUUCAGGGGGAAGAAUGGAAAGAUUGAAGUGAUAAAAUUGAUUAAUUGCUAAAGGAUGCCAAAACUCCACUUCCCAAGCGACGGAUCAGCACUGGCUUGUUCCCUGGUGGGUUGUUCACCGCUUCUCUGGCGCCGCACCAGUCAUCUUUAAUCAUCUGAAUUAAGGCUUACAGGCUUGGAGCCUGACUGACGUCUUUCUUCAGAGGUCUGUUCUCAUCGUAUCUUAUCACAGACAUUAAUCUUUUCAGUUCCUGUAAACUGGAGUUACAGUGAUUGUAUUGAGCAUAAUUGAGAUGACUGAGUUGAUAUUGAAAUCAUGGCUUCUCAUGGUGACCAUGGAUCAACCGUAAUUGAUCACCUCGGGAUCCCUGGCACAUCCCAACCUCCGACCACAUCGACCCCAAAAAAGAACAAAGAAGGAAGAAAGACCCGUCGCGAACCAUAUGGAACACGCGUGGAAUCCAUGAACAUUAUCUGUCUCUCAUCUAUGGUUGAGGUUGUUAUUUUGGUCGCCAUCCCAGCCAUCUUAAUUGAAACUCGACUCCAACGCUAGUCUCACACAAAGAAGGAUUUCAAAAAGACCAAGCGAUGACUUGCACCUCAGCACGGACGCUAUUCGCGGAUCAAUUCUGAUUUCGUCAUGAUAACAGAACCACAGAAAGCGACGGAAACGAAACAGGAAAAGAAAAAAGCAAAUUGGACUCAUGAUCCAGGUACGUGCGGUGGCUAGAAUGAUCCGCUGUCACAUCUUCUAGUAAUUUUGGCCUUCUCCACUCGAUGCAGAAAAGGGCUUGCAGAGGCACGCUCUCGAACAGCACACCAACGCCCCUUGCACUGGCCAGUCAAUAGAUGCGAUGAGCUGUGAUGGUGAGUCAAGAAUUGAAAUAGACAUUCUUAGUAGGAGUAUUAUUAGUAUUAUAGUGUUGGUAGUGACACUUUUUUUACGUCGGAAUAAUCAUUGCUGGCCCCCAACAAACCUAGGAGUAACACAGUCGCCUUGAACUGGAAUGGAGAUGCCCAGAUCCAAUCACCGG